AUGAGCGACAUGGAGAAAAAACGUCCCGUCAUUGCAGGCAGAGAAAAAGGGCCUGGACCUGGGCGCUAUGCACUUCCACCCACCGUCGGCUUCAUUGGCCACGACUUCACCAAGCCGACCGGCCCCGCCUACUCUUUUCACUGCAGGAUGAGCAAUAACAUGUAUUGUGUGGACUCCAGUCCUGGACCUCAGUACUACGUUGAUGCAAAAAUCACUCGCUUUGGAAGGGACGGCAGCCCGGCGUACUCGAUGCUGGGCAGGAUGAGAGCACAAAUAGAGGGGCUCCUGCAGACGCCUGGACCAGGUGCAUACAGCCCCGAGAGCGCCCCUCCAUGUAACACUCAGCGCAGACCUCCGUCAUACACAAUGGGCUCUCGCACACGCUACCGCAGCACUGACGCAGUACCUGCUCCCAACAAGUACACCCUCCCUGCACUCAUGGGCUCCCACGUGCCCAAUAAGCCGGCCAGCGCGAGCUACACAAUGUCAGGUCUGUAUAAGACAGGGGGGGCAUCGGAAGACUUGUCCAAGACGCCGGGGCCGUGCAGGUACAACAGUACAGACCCCAACAUUUAUCUCCCCCGGCGGCCUGCCUUCUCCAUGCUUGGGCGUCACAGCCAGCCGAGCGAUCCAACCAAGAAACCCGGCCCCGGAAGUCAUAACCCGGAGAAGGUGACGGUCAACAAGCCUCGGGCCCCAGCCUACUCCCUCGGCACCAGACACACCGAGUUUGUCACCCCACUUGUUGUCAAUGUAGCCGACUGA